AUGGCUACGCUACAACUUGCUUCCUGGGCUACUAACCUUCAGUAUGCCAAUCUCACCACGGACGUCCUUCUCGCAGCGAACAAGUCUUUCUAUAAUUGGGCGGGUUGUGCAAUCGGUGGUUUUGCUUCCCAGCCGGCACCUCAAAUCGCAUUGAAUACCACCCUCGGUCCUUUUUCUGGCCCCGCAACCUCAUCAAUACUGGGCGCAAAUGGCUCGAUAACACAUGGGUUUGCGGACGCCCAGCUGGCAGCCUUGGUCAACGGGAUUGCCAGCCAUGUCGACGACUAUGACGAUACUCACCUGGAAACGAUAAUUCAUCCCGCGGGACCAGUAGCCUCAGCCCUCCUCGCCAUUGCAGAAGCCUAUGGCCCUGUGACAGGCCAGGACUUCAUGACUGCCUUCAUCGCUGGUGUAGAAACAGAGUGCAAGCUCGGUCUCAGUGUCUGGCCCCAACAUUACGAUGUAGGUUGGCACAUCACUUCCACGACGGGCGCUAUCGGUGCAGCCGUCGCAGUCUCCAAGCUUCUCUCCCUCGACACAAACCACACGGCCCAAGCCAUAGGCAUCGCCUCGACACAAGUGAUUGGCAUGCAGGCCUUCUUUGGGUCAGACACUAAAUCCUUUCACAUCGGUCGCGCAGCGCAAAGUGGUAUGCUAGCCGCACUUCUUGCAAAGAACGGGUACACCAGCGCCUCGGAUGCUCUAGAAGCGAAAUAUGGCUGGCUACACGUCGUCAGCACAAGGGAUAAUGCCACGGCAUACUUUGAUCAACUGGGCAAAGAGUGGGAAAUCAAGAAGAACACCUUCAAACCCUACCCAUGCGGCAUUGUAAUGCACCCAGCCAUCGACGGAGCCAUACAACUCUCAAACCAAACCCAUGAUAACAACAACUCAAUCGAAAACGUCAAGAGCAUUGAACUCCGCGUCAAUCCCGAGGUCCUCGUCCUGACCGGCAAAACAUCCCCCCAGACCGGCCUCGAGGGCAAAUUCAGCAUCUACCACGCUACAGCUAUCGGCCUUUUGUACGGCGAAGCCACUCCCUCGCAGUUCACUGACGACGUCGUGAAGAAUGCGACGGUCGUAGACUUGCGGAAAAAGGUCAAUGUUACCACCGAUGAGGGCGUCCCCACGGAUGCGGCGUAUGUGACGCUGCGAUACGAGGAUGGCACGGAGCUGGAAAAGCACGUCGAGCAUGCGAAGGGGAGCAUGGAGAACCCGUUGACGGAUGCGGAGUUGAAGAAGAAGUUUAUGGAGCAGGUCACGCUUGCUAUUGGGUCUGAGAGAGCGGCAAGAGCAACGUCCGUUGACCACCACUCUCCCCAGAUCGUCAAGAAGAUCUGCCUCUGA